AUGGCGCUCUCUUGCAGAUACGCAGCCCAGAGCUGCGCCCGCCAGCUCCGUUCCAGCAGCUCUCUGCGGGCUUCGACGACCCUCUUCCAGACCCGAACCCCCGCGACCGCUAGGAGGCACAACUCGACCGAGGCUGCAGCACCCACGAACCCCAAGAUCGCCGCUAUCGUCGACCAGAUCAGCACCCUUACCCUUCUGGAAACUGCCGACCUCGUCUCAAGCUUGAAGACCAAGCUCAACAUCCCCGAUCUUCCCGUUGGUGGUUUUGCUGCCGCCGCUGCCCCCGCAGCAGCCGCCCCCGCUGAGGCCGCCGAGGAGGCUGCGCCAGCCGCCGCCGAGAAGAGCGUCUUCAACCUCAAGCUGACUGCUUUCGACGCUGGUGCCAAAGCCAAGGUUAUUAAGGAGGUCAAGAAUUUGCUCGGUCUCAGCUUGGUGGACAGCAAGAAGUUCGUCGAGAGCGCGCCGAAGCUGAUGAAGGAGAACGUAGCCAAGGACGAGGCUGAGAAGAUUAUCGCCACGAUGAAGGAGCUUGGUGCCACCGUCGUUAUGGAGUAA